UGCGUAGAAGCGAGGACUGGACUUCAGACCUUCAAACACCAAGGAGACGGAGUGGCUAUUUACCAACAUGGCGGACGAAGAGACACCAGCAUCAGAGGUUCAAGAAACAGAGGCUGCAGCACCUGCUGCAGAAGAGACCACUGUGCAAGGAGAUGGCACAGCGGAAGUGGAACAAACGGCUGAAGAGGAGGCCACGGAGGUUGCAGCACCAGUGACAGAAGAUGCCCCUCCUGCAGAGGCCCCUCCAGACAGCCAAGAAGCGACAGACGCAAGCCCGGAAGGGGAGGAGGCCACUCAGGGGGAGGAGACCAGUGCCCCGGUAGAGGGUGACGAGGCGACGCCCCAGACUGAGGCAGGGAAGCCAGGGGAAGAGGAGAGGGAGGGGGAAGUAACGACCGAGGAGGCAGAAGGAGAGAUGACGGAGGGCGCGGAGCCAGAAGGGGGACAAGAGGAAGGAGCUGAAGCUGAACAGGAGCCCAGUGAAGACACAACCGGUCCUGCUGAAGCCACUGAAGGGGAGACAGUUGCAGCAGAAGAAACUGAUGGCCAGGAGAAAGUUGAAGAGGAAGGUGAGGCGGCGGCUGAAGUUGCUGACAAGGCAGGCGAGCAGCAAGAAGCAGGAGCAGAGGGGGCGGACGAGGCCCAAGCCCCUCCGGCCGAAGGGGAGCAAGACACCCAGCCGGCCUCCCCUCUCCCGCAGAGUGACACGUUUGCUGAAGGCGAGAGGCCGGAGACCCCUGUGGUGGCUGUGAUGGAACCAUUGUCCAGAGAGGGGAGUCCUCAACCAGAGCCAGAGCCGCUGGAGGCAGGCACACCAGAAAGGAUAGAAUCCCCACAAGAAGAGGAAGAAUUUGACGACGAGGAACCUUGGAUCAGUAGAGAGGAGCUAAUCGAGGCUUAUCAGGCAGCCCAGUCUGAGCGCGAACAGCUGCAAAAUCAGAACAUCCAACUGCAGCACAAAUUAGCUGAAUACUUCCGGAAGAAAAAGACGGACGACCAGCGCCAGGAGAUGGACAAGAACGUGACCGACCAGGAACAGCGUUACCUCAAAUACAUGUCCAAUCUGGAGGAGCUGAGGAGGCAAGAGGAAGAGGAGCGGGAUGACCUGAGCGAACAGUUGGAGGAACUGAAGGGGCGUCGGCAGGAGAAGCUGGACACAGUGGAGCAAGAGACUGACUUGUUCAGCCAGCUCAAGCGACAGUCAGCUGAGAAUGCCAUCAACAGCCGCACGGGCAAAGCCAUCGCCCCAAAGGACAUUGAGGCCUAUCUCCUCAACGAGGCCAAAAAGGAGGAAGAGGUCAAGCAGGUGCGGCUGGAGAACAUCAAGCUGAGGAACCGGCUGCGCAAGAGGGAGCAACAGCUCAAGGCCAAGGAGGAGCUGGCCGAAGGGCUGCAUCUCAUCGACUUUGAGCAGCUCAAGAUUGAGAACCAGACUUACAACGAGAAGAUUGAGGAGAGGAACGAGGAAUUGCUGAAGCUGCGAAAGAAGAUCACCAGCACCGUGCAGGAGCUCACCCACGUCAAGGAGAAGCUGCAGUUUGUUCAGGCGGAGAACCAGGUCCAGAAGGGCAAGCUGAAGGAGGUGGAGUCCCUGGUAGCCCAGAAACGAGACAUCCUGUCAAGGACCAAGAAGGCCCGCGACAGCCUGCGCAUUGACAACCAGAGGCUGCGACAGAAGUCGGGCCUACUGGGCAACACCCCACUCCUGAGGGACUUUGAGGAGCGGAAAGACGAAGGGGAUGAGCUGAGAGCCAAGCUGGAGAGGCUCAAACGACAGCACGCCGAGCUGACGCUGUCCUGCUCCGGGGUGCGCCGCAAGAUAGAGGAAGCUCGGUCAGGGAGGAGCUGAUUUCUUUCUUCUCUGCUACCACUGCAGAUAAAACUAACAGCAGCUUUUCCAGCAUUGCCUCAGCUUAAGGUCCUGAAACUGUUCAUCAGUUUUUGUGGUCAAGACCAUCACAAGACCGUUGAUGAGACCAGUCACAAGUAACAGGGUCAACAGUGGCAAAGGAAUGCUUAUUUUGCAGUUCAUCUGUAUAGCUUAUAACUUGAGUUCAGACGUCUUGUGACAAUCUCAUGGGGUCUUCUGAUGGUCUGAAAAGGUCUCAACUACAACACUGUUGUUAUUUGAUGUGUGGAAACAAUAGAAGGCCCAGUUAAACUCUCAUAUGCCAUUUGAUUAAGUAUAUAGACCCUUUAUAAGAGAGAUCUUUCCAGUGUGGCCUACACUAUUCCCAGUAAAACACCGCUUAAUAGACUGAUUGCACCCGCUAAGUCAUGUGACCUAUUGUGGGUAUUGAAUAUCAGCAAACACAGCGUCUACCAGAAGCAAAGUGUUUCGAAAGUAUCAUUUACCAAAAAAAAAAAAGCCGAUGGUAGGUACAGUACUCAGACUACUGAUGUGCUGGGUACUAUAUC